AAAAUGAUAAACGGUGUCGUUUCAUAUAAUACCAAAAAAAACUCUUCUGUAAUUCUGUUUCUCAAUCUCAACGUCUCUCAGGGAUUUGUCUACUUGUUUUCAUCUACUUAAAAUUCAGUAAAGCCGGUUUAAUUUGGUUUGAGGCUAUCUCCAGACUCCAAUGGGAACAAGAGGGAUGUGUUUCAGUUUUGAUUGCUCUCAUACUAAGAUAUCUAUUCCUAAAUGUGAGCUUUCUAUUUUCCAAAUCAUCCCUCUGAUUCUUGGAACAAUCAUGGCAAUGGGAAGGCUUAACAGAGCAGGCAUCAUGGUUUAUGGUGGAACCAGCAAGCCUGGCCAUUUGUAAGACAAAACAUAUGACAUAGUAUAUGCUUUCCAGGUAUCUUUGCCUUGUUAUAACAAUAUAUCCUCAUUGUUUCGAUUUGUAAUGUUUACUAUGUUACUGUGACUUUAAUCAGGCUACUUAGUACCAUUUUGAGUCAGCGGAUGAGAGUCCUGAGAAGACAGUAGAACAAAAAGACUUUGUUGGGCUAAAGCAGAGAGCAACUGGAUCUCUGUUGCUGAGGAAUUAAGAACUGUGCUUGAU